AAGAGGAGCCUCAUUUCACCGAGCCUCGACUUGCUGAGUCCGGUCCUAACCGUCCCGAACCAUCUCUCUCUAAAACCCUAGGAGUUUAAUUUCCUUCGUCCACCUGCGCAGCGAUCGCCCAUUGCUUUCCCCAUGGCUGCGGCGGCUGCUCUGAGAAACAAUGGUUCAAGGAGGCUUCUACGAUUCGCCUCCGCCUUCCCUUUCCCUUACUCAUGCUUCCGCGGCACGGAGCCCCACUGUUUAUCCAGCAUCACCAGCGGAAGCGACACCGCGGUGGCCCUUUGGUGGAGGAGGUCUAUGGCCACCUUCACCCGAACGAAACCUCAUGUCAACGUUGGUACAAUCGGGCAUGUUGAUCAUGGGAAAACCACACUCACAGCGGCAAUUACAAAGGUUCUCGCUGAUGAGGGAAAAGCUAAAGCAGUUGCAUUUGAUGAGAUUGACAAAGCCCCUGAAGAGAAAGCUAGAGGAAUUACCAUUGCAACGGCACAUGUAGAAUAUGAAACUGCCAAACGACACUAUGCGCAUGUUGAUUGCCCUGGACAUGCAGACUAUGUUAAAAAUAUGAUUACUGGAGCUGCUCAAAUGGAUGGCGGUAUCCUCGUUGUGUCAGCACCUGAUGGACCAAUGCCUCAAACAAAGGAGCAUAUUCUUCUUGCUCGCCAAGUGGGUGUGCCAUCACUUGUAUGUUUCUUAAACAAGGUUGAUGCUGUAGAUGAUCCUGAAUUAUUAGAGCUUGUAGAAAUGGAGCUUCGAGAGCUCCUUAGCUUUUAUAAGUUCCCUGGGGAUGAUAUUCCUAUCAUUCGAGGUUCAGCAUUAUCUGCUUUAGAGGGAAGAAAUGAAGAAAUAGGGAAGCAAGCUAUCCUAAAGUUAAUGGAUGCAGUGGAUUCAUAUAUACCAGAUCCAAUUCGUCAACUUGACAAACCCUUCCUUAUGCCUAUUGAAGAUGUAUUUUCAAUACAGGGACGUGGAACUGUUGUCACUGGACGGGUUGAGCAAGGAACAAUUAAAACUGGAGAAGAUGUUGAAAUUCUUGGAUUAAUGCAGGGUCCUUUGAAAACUACAGUCACUGGCGUUGAGAUGUUUAAGAAGAUCUUGGAUCAUGGACAGGCUGGCGACAAUGUUGGCCUCUUACUACGUGGGUUAAAACGUGGAGAUGUGCAAAGAGGGCAGGUAGUGAGCAAGCCGGGUACAAUAAAGACAUCUACAAAAUUUGAAGGAGAGAUUUAUGUAUUGACAAAGGAUGAAGGAGGUCGUCACACUGCUUUCAUCUCAAAAUACAGUCCUCAGUUUUACUUGAGAACUGCAGAUGUUACUGGAAAAGUUAUUCUUCCUGAUCAUAUCAAGAUGGUAAUGCCUGGAGAUAAUGUCUCAGCUACUUUCGAGCUGAUAUCACCUGUUCCUCUUGAACCAGGACAAAGAUUUGCACUUCGGGAAGGUGGGAGGACGGUCGGUGCAGGAGUUGUAUCAAAAGUGAUCAGCUGAGGUUUCUUCUCAGUUCACUACAUCCCGUGCUAUUUGCCCCACGGACAUUUUGAGGAAUCAUUGUGCUGCAUAGUUUGUUAUUCAUAUUUCAAUUUGUUUUGCUCUCCUUUAGAAGGCGUUUAGUGAUGUGGCUACAUGAAAAUUUUGGGGCGGCUGAUACGAUGAAUUACUCUAUAGAUGAUAGUUCAUCAUGAAUAAUUAACCAACUGUUGUGAGCAAGAUUGAUAAAACAUGGGGACACAAAUCUACUCAGUGAAAUUUUCAUUUGCAAA